AGGGUGUUGGUCGUGGGGCAGGUUGCGGUAUCAGAAUUAUAAAAUAUUACGGCCUCAGACUGAGAGACGUACUUUGUCGCCUGCAUAAGUGAAGUCGAUCCAUUGUACGUAAUCGGCGAAAGGGGAUGUUAAUGAGAAUGCAUCUAGGUUUGCGAGUGGCAUCCUGCCUGAGCAAUAUUUUUAAGUGCGUGAAUCUAGAGGCCCAGUAAAAGGCUAUAUUUAUAUAUAUAUUUAUAUUGAAUGCAAGAUGAAUUGUGACCGCAAAAAAAUACUGACAUCAUUCAAAAUAUAUCUAGUUUGAACGAUAGUUGCAUGACGGGCAAGUAUGUCCAUUAGUGGUGUUUAAGUGAAAAAUAAUAAGAUGUCAAGAUGCAAGCCAUCAACAAGAUUUGUUCCAGCUACAGUUGCCUGGGCCAUGCUCCUUGGCUGCACAGGCAUUUACUUUUACUUUCCGUGUGCGUGGCUCUACAUGCGACUUCAGCCAUGGGGUUUUGUGGUCCCUCUUUGCGAAGGCAUUCUAACUUUUUUUGUGAUUGCCAACUUUGCAUUGGCUACAUUCAUGAAUCCAGGCAUUGUGCCAAGAGCUUCCUCAGAUGAGGACCGAGAUGAUGAUUUCCGCCUUCCCCUGUACAAAAAUGUUGAGAUAAGUGGCAUCACAGUGCGAAUGAAGUGGUGUGCUACAUGCCAGUUCUACCGGCCUCCUCGGUGCUCACACUGCAGCGUCUGCAACCACUGCAUAGAGACAUUCGACCAUCACUGUCCGUGGGUGAACAACUGCAUUGGCCGACGCAACUAUCGCUUCUUCUUCCUGUUCCUGGUGUCACUGAGCGUGCACAUGGUGUCGGUGUUCGGCCAGUGCCUGGUGUUCGUGCUGCGCAACCGAAACGACCUCAGCGCCGCCAGCGUCAUCGCCACGAUGGUGGUGAUGUGCGUGAUUGGUACGCUGCUGGUGCCCGUGUUCGGUCUAGCCGGCUUCCACACGGUGCUGGCCACGCGUGGACGCACUACCAACGAGCAGGUCACGGGCAAGUUCCGCGGCGGCUUCAACCCGUUCUCGCGCGGCUGCUGCGUCAACUUUUGCCGCACGCUGUGGGCGCCGCAGUAUCCCAACGUGGUGACCCUGUCUCGGCGUGCCCGGCGGCGGCAGCACCCGUACAGCCUGCCCAGCUCGCCGCAACGGCCGCCAGCCAUCGCCGCCGACCACCAGGUCAAGCUGCACAUGGACAACGGCAACGGCUUGCGCGGCAAGAGCUACGCCGCCCGCUACGCUCAGAUGAACCCCGCUCCCCGUGUGCCCGAAGUAUCGCACCUGCCAAUCUGGCACCAAACCGCCGUGUAAUGCCGAUGUCGCUGCUUAACUUUAGUUGGUUGUCUUCUUUGUAGGCGGCCGACGCCGGCGAGCUCUGCGACGGCGAGCUGGACCCGGUGAUGUCGCAGUCGCGCGACUGCGAACCGUCGC